AUGGCAGCCGGUGAUUCAUUAAGUUAUCGUACACGUACUGCAAUACCUUCUAGUACAACAAUGACACUUAAUACUGAAGAGUUGGAAGAAAUAGAAGCAGGUAAUAGCAAUGGCAUUGGAGGAAGAGAAGAAAUAAAUGGUGAUACUUCAAAUCCAGUAGGAACUUUAAAACUUCGUGGUGGUGGCUCAACUGACAGAAAAGUAAAAUGGGAUGAAGAUGUAAUUGAUAAUGAAGGAUUAGGAAGAAAAAAAUCUAAAGGUAUUUGA